AUGCAGAGAUAUGUUGUGAAAUUAUGGGGCACAUGUAUGAAUAGCAUGAAGUAUCUAGCAUAUAUUAAUUUUCAAUUGUGGUCUCUUAUGAUUGAUAAACGAAUAAGUAAAUAAAUAAAAUUUUGUAUGACUGAGUACAAAACAUGAACUUUAUGGAUGUAGGUGUAUCACAACUUCGUGUGGGUGUUCUCUGUGUAUAAUUUGUCUUUGACCUAAACCUUGAGUAAAACGUGUUCGGUUGUCGAGAAACAUGAGUAUACUGCAGUAUUGUAUAAUCGACCAUUAAUAUUGUAUUAAGUUCCUAUGUCGUUGAUUAGAGACAUCAAAGUACACACAUAACAUGGGAUGUCUAAGUAGAUAGUAUUGUGUAUUUGAUCCAACGGCUGACAAAGAAACCAAACUUUUUGGUAACGAAAUCGUAGCCGUCUGAUUUGUCGGUUCAACGGAUCCAUGUUGUCGACCUUUGAACACGAAGCGGCAAAACAAUGAAAAGAAAUGUCUUUAGAUUUGGACAAGAUCUUCGAACGGGGCCGACAAGAUAAACCAAUGUUAAACGAGCUUGUCUCACACGGUACCGGUCUUAGUUCCCAUGAAAACAUAUAAAACGUCCAACAAAAUCAAAAUGAAGAAAACACAUUAACUUACAUCUUCAACUCAUAAACAUCAAAAUGGCUAAUGAGAGUAAUCUUGCACAUGAAAUCACCGAGCUACGGCUAGGUCUUCCAGGAGAUAUCAUCGUCACAGGGAAGAAGAGGGUUUCUUCGGAAGUAGAGAGUGAGUUGAAAUGUGAACCGGCGACAAAGAGUCAAGUAGUGGGAUGGCCGCCGGUUUGUUCGUUCAGGAGAAAGAACAGCCUCGAAGAGACAAGGACUGCGUACGUGAAAGUGAGUGUAGACGGAGCUGCGUUUCUGAGGAAGAUCGAUUUGAAAAUGUAUAAACGUUACCAAGAUCUCGCUUCCGCUCUACAAAUUCUAUUCGGAUGCUUCAUCACCUUUGAUGAUACAUUGAAGGAAAGCGAAUGCGUUCCAAUAUAUGAGGAUAGAGAUGGAGAUUGGAUGCUUGCUGGUGAUGUUCCUUGGGAAAUGUUUGUUGCAUCAUGCAAGAGGUUAAGGGUUAUGAAGAGAUCAGUAAUGAAAUGAUUGUGCGUGAGAAUUAGGGAUAUCGAAAUAUACAUAUUUUCAUAGAUUAAAAGAAUAAAGCUCGUUGAAUAAUUCAUUUUCAUCACAUAGACAAAUUGUAUUCUUUUAUACAUGUGGUUCCCAUGCCUGACAGAUAACAAGGCAAUAUCAAUAAUUAAUAAAAAAAUAAUAUAAAUAUA